UUAUUCAUAAAUAUUUCACAAAGUCAGAAAAAUUAAACCGUGUCAUCUAUUGCGUUUUUAAUGAAACAAACACAUUUUAUGCAGGGUCAAGAAUUUGGUUAUCAGGGUAAUAUCCGCUAUGUAUGGGAAAACCAAAGAUAUGUUACGCAAUAUGUAUUAUAUUUGUCUGGAGAGAGAAAAGUGUGCUCAUGGUCCCGAAGAAAGGAAAGAUUUCAAGCGAUUGAUUGCUGACCAAAUACUCCAGAUUGCAGCCUCCAAAUAGAAUAAUGCAGUACUUGAAGAUUCCACCGCUAUUAAUUCUCGGUACUGUGUUUGUGGAUCUUUCCAUGUCUCAAUGCUCCGACCCAAUCAGAGCAAAAGUUAAAGGAUAUCGAAGAAAGAUGACUAUUCUAGGAUCUUGUAAUGAAAAUCUGGACACGUCUUUCUACAUGAUACCCGGUAUAAACAUCCCUGACAACUGUAGCAAGUGUGAAAACUUAACGGAUACUAAAGUUCAUUAUCUCUAUGGCGAUAAGACCUGUUCUCUGACUCCUCCAAAUGACGGACGGAGCACGGAAAGUUGUCCCCAUCAUGUUCAGAUAAACUACGAUAAGUAUAGAAUACCUCGAUCCAUAGCUCAAGUCAAGUGUAACUGUGAUAAUUGUAUCACGAAACAUUACGAUAAUACGUUAAAAUUGCAUCCUGACGGAGUGUGUCAAGAAGUGAUGAUGUAUCGUCAGGUUCUUAGAGAGUGUAAACCUGAGAAACCCGAAAAAGACCGCAGAAGACGAGGGAAACGAAAACGAAGAGGAAGAAGAAGAAAUAAAGUGUAUACAGUAGUCUAUGAACAAUACCCGGUGGCCUGUACGUGUAGAUUGACACAUACUAAAGACUGGGGAUGAGCAGCUAAAUCAAAGCAUUAAUUAAGGAGUUUUGUCUCAAACAAAUACCUCAAGAUUUUAAACUUGUUGUUUUUGGAUUUUAUAUACAGUUUAUUCGUGUGUUGCCUGUUAAAGUUGUUUUUGAUAUAAAUAUAUAUAUUUUUACAUUUUCAGUAUUAUAAUGAGUAA